AUGUCGAAACAAUACCUCCAAACACUCACCAUCCCCGACGCGCACCCGACCGACAUCUUCUCUCUCGCCAUCACGCCUUCGCAUCUCCUCACCGCGUCCGGAUCGUCGAGCAUCAAGAUCUACCGCACCAAAGGUCAAGCUAUCCAUGCCGAUACUGCUGAAGAUGAGAAUCCAUAUCCUUUGGUACAGACGUUAGAGAAGGUGCAUAAGCUGGGCUGUCACCAUGUUUCCACAAGCUUGGAUGGAAGAGUCGCGGCGAGCGUUGGUUUUGGCGGGGAGUUGAAGGUCUGGGAGUGCGCCGAAGAUGGCGAAUGGAAAGAGAAGGGCCAGAUCAUUGUGGCAGAGAAGAACGCUGGCGAACACUGGGCUCCCGCCUUGAGCGAGAAUGGUCAAUAUCUUGCUUGUACCACCUCAGACGGCCGCAUCAACGUAUACGACACCAACACGAUCUCAGACGGCAAGGCAGAGAAGAUCACCGAAUACCAGACGAAAGGCUUCUUUGGCAUGAGCGUCGAUGUCUCCCCCAAUGGAGAGAUGACAGCUUCUGGACACCAAAACGGCAGUAUCUACAUCUUCAACAACAGCACACGGCGGCUUGCCCAUUCUCUUGCGGGUCUGAUCAAGCCCGUGCGUGCGGUCAAGUUCAGCCCGGCAAAUACAUACCUGGCUGCCACUGGUGACUCGCGGAUAAUUGCACUUUACGACACCAAGAGCGGAGAACAGGUCGCCAACCUCACCGGCCAUAGCUCAUGGAUCAUGAGCCUCGACUGGAACUGGAAUGGCGAGUACCUGCUCAGCGGAUCACAAGACGGCAAGGCAAAGAUCUGGAGCGUCGAGCGGAGGGAAUGUGUGGCUACGCAGACUGAGAGCGAGAAGUGUCUGUGGAGCGUCAAAUGGGUCUAUCACUCGCCAACAGCCCGCAACGAAGUGUUUGUCACUGCGGGUGCCGGCAAGACUCUGGCCUUCUACAGGGAGGCGAGCGGGACGUGA